GUUUCGUCCAUUCGUUGUGUGGAAUGAGACAUGAGACAGUCGAUAGUUCGAUACCUACUACCUCGGCAGGCAGUGGAUGCUGCAUAAACUAUUCGUGAUAAAAUACACGUGAUAGCCUUUAAUGUCAGGCAAGACAUGGCAAAUUUCGAAAAGAAAUGAAAAUAAUUAAGAAGCUUGAGACAUUACGAGUGAAAGUGAGAAAUAUAUUCGAGUCACACAAAGAGCACGCACUACAAAGGCGAGGCUCAUUGACGAUAUUGCAUCGUCGUCAAUAUACAUAGUUGUACAUUUUACUUUCAGGAGAGAAAAAGUCGUAAUAAAAGUAGAGGAAAUUACUGUAGAUGCCAUCAACUUCCAAUCGGAGACGAGAGGGGAAAGAGACACGGAUAAAUUUUCAAAUGAAGUCCCUGUAGUGAGCAAACGCUGCUCCGCAAUAGUCAACACCAAUGUCGUGGAUAGGCUGUUUACCAUGGUCUGAAACGAUAAAAAAGCGUGCCUGCAGAUACCUGCUGCAGCGCUACUUGGGUCAAUUUCUCGAGGAAAAGUUGACGCUUGAUCAGUUAAGCGUCGAUCUGUACAAUGGCACAGGUCGGGUCACCAAUGUCAGGCUCGACGUACAGGCCCUAAAUGAAAUGGGCGAGCAACAGCAAUUGCCAUUAGAGUUUGUUGAUGGAUUCGUUGAAGAGAUGUCUGUCAGCAUUCCUUGGUCGGUUCUGCUCAGUGAGCCCAGCUACGUUGAGGUGACUGGUUUGAAAUUGACAGUUCAGCCUAGACAGAUGGCUGAAACUGGAACAUCCAUGUUUGAAUCUAUGUGGAGUUCUAUGACAUCUAGUAUGCAGUUAGCUCAAGAAUGCUUGCAGCAAGAUGCCAAUAAUUCAGGCAAUUCUCAACCUCUCGAAGGAAUUGAAAGAUUUGCUCAGACAAUAGAUUCAAUAUUAUGUAGGGUGAAAAUACGAUUCCUUCAAACUGUGAUACGUUUAGAACAUGUGCCAGUCGAUUCAGCUAUUGGAGUUGCCAUGGAAAUUCGUAUAGAAAACUUGGAGUACUGUGAUGAAGCUGGUUUGGAUCCAUCAAGUUCACCUGUAGACCCUGAUAACCCUAAUCAAGCAACCAAAGGAUACAUAGUAUCAGCAUUUAGCUGUAAAAGAUUUUAUUUGGAAGGUGUGACAUUUCACAUAGAUGAAUUUCCAUCAAAAGCCAGAACUUUUUCAAAAAGUUUAAUUUUGAAUAGUAGAUCAUCUACACCAGAUUCCAAGAACUCUGAUGGACAAUUUUCAUCAGCCCAAAUAUCUCCAUCACAAUGUAUGCCAACACCGCCUGAAAAACAUGCCACAUUAAAUAACUUGAAUGAAUUAAACAAUCUCAUAAUGUUCGCCAAACUGUCAGGACGUCAAGAAAUUCGUUUGAAAUUGAAACACGGCGAUAGUGUCCCAGGUCCUAAGAUAGAAUUAUACAUAAAUAUGGGCCCACUAACAGUAUUUUUAAGUCCAAGACAAGUGCACGCGCUGAUGGAAUUGAUGGAGGGUCUUGCGUCUCCAGACAUGGAGGACGUAAGUAACGUCGUACCCAGACAUCAUUGCAGUGAUAAGCCAAUGCUCAAGAGCGACUUUAAUAAAGUCGAGCGAGAACUUUUGAACCAAAUAAAUCCUGCACAAGACUUUAAAACAAUGGAUUUGAGGAAUACGCAAGGCUGGUCGACGGCUUCGCUAGAUAAUUCGGAUAACGAUGAACAGUUUUAUCCAAUGUGCACGUCUGGAGUCUCGUCGAUGAACAACUCGGUCAACAGCAAUAACACGAGCAUGGAAGACAGUUUUUCAGCAUGUAGCAUCAAUUUUAAAAGUUCAAUAGCGAGUUCAGCCACAAAACUACAUAAAUCGCACAGACACCGAUCCGCUAGCACCGACGACCAAUUAAGUGAUGAGACCUCGCAGUUUCAUUUAGAGAUUUCCUCGCUGGUAAUAGUCUUAUUACACGAGGAUAUCUUGACGAGCGGUAUUGAAGGCUAUGGAUUGACUAAAGUCAGUGUCACAGCAAUGAGGACUAUGGUCGAAGAUUUUUUCAAAAAUCUAGGAAUUAUCGCUGCCAAUGGUUUCAGUAACAAGAACUUUGAAAUGGCCUCUGAGAUUGUGAUUAAGUCUUGUCAGCUUAGUCACUUGAGACUUUUGGCAACUCCAUUAGCAAUUGAGGCGAACGAAAAAACAACGGGUCAACGUUCCGCUAUGUCUGGUCAGUUAUCGCUGCCCACUUUGGAAAUAGUAGAGUGCCUAUUUGAUUCGCCAACUGGUCCAGAUACGACUGCACACGAUGCAACUAUAAUCAAUCUGCUUAGUUUCACUAGCGAAAGUAUACGAGCGACCAAUGGUUCUUCAAAGGGAAGCGACUUCCAAAUGAAAUUCAGCCACACGGAGAAAGCGAUGAGACAUGGUCAAACGACCAAAUAUUGCCAUCCUUUUACGGAAUUCGAAAUAACGCUUGGUCCAUGUCAAGGCGAGUUGGAUAUUAGCAUAAUCGACAGAAUUUCGAGUUUACUAAAUCGGCAGCCUGUGUGCGUAUCGGUUUUGAGCAUUCCUGUUUCAUCGUCAUUAGGAGUAGGUCCGCGUAAUAGCUUGAGUCAACAGAGCGUAUUUUAUCAAGCCGUCGAAAGUCCGUCACUAUCAGAAACACGUACAGAGAUUAAAGUGUCAGUCUCAAAGUGCCUAAUCAAUCUAAGAUUCCCCAUCCCAGAUUUAAGGCCAGCUCACGAAAUAGGUCGUACCGCCUGGUGGAGGCGUUCAGUUCGUAAAGACUACGCGAGUCUUGAACUAUUGGACGCGAAGCUACACAUCCAUGUGGACUCACAGGCAAGGCAUUUGUCACGACAUGAGUUGCAAUCCCGACAGGUGCUGCUUACCUACACCGAGGUCGACUCGGAUGUGGCCUUAGAAAUCGGAAAAGCAAACGCGGACGAAGGCAACGCUGAGGGUUUCGGUUGGCCGCGGAUUGUGCUCACAAUCUACCCACUUCAACUUGGACAGGGUCCUCUUGAAGACAGUAGCGAAGGUGAAAUCGAGCUAGAAACAACGGCAGCUGCCGCCACUACUGCUGCCAACGAGGAACACUCGUUCGAACAACCAAUCAGACACCAACCGUCGCCGUUUAGCUCGAAACGCGUCAUUCACGAGUCUGAUACACCACAUCCAAAACACGCUGGCGAAUCAAGGAUGCCACCGCCUCAGCCUCAUCCGACAAAUACCGAAGACAAGGAGAGUGGAGAAUUCGUGCUUCCGGGUAAUAGACAAGAGAUGACAGAGUUUAUCGAGGAGGCUACACAAAGCGCAAGGGUACAGCUGGAACUUGGACUACCUUGUGUCUCACUGCAGAUACCCUCGAAACACCUCUAUGAGCUUAUCUACAACCGAUUCAACACCGAUUUACUACUGUGGCAGCCAUCUGCUCCGAAACCUAGCUAUCCUGCAGCUGCAGCCUCGUGUCGACGCAUUGCUACUAUGAGCAGAGGCGUAGAAUCGAAUGGUCUCAGUUGUAGUUUACUACUGCAGGAACCGUUUAUCUAUCCAAAGUUUAGCAUGUGCAGGAGCGGCGUCCAUUACGAAUCGAACUCUGACACAGACGACGACUACUUAGACACAGACGCAGACAUGCAGCGACGUGGUCCGGCUGACAGUCUAUUCUACUCGGCCAGCGCGAACCCCAGUAGUAAACGUAGUAAACAGAGAGUCCGUGGCAAGAGGGUCCAACGGCUACAGCAACAGCAACAUCAGCAGCAGCACGGCCAGAGCAAAUUAGCCGUAAGCUUGAGCAUAGGACAAGGUUUGCUGACGAUGUACAGCCCAGUGAGAGAUUCGGAGCGCAAAGUCAUACCGGGCCAACAAGGCAAGAUCAUGCUACGAGUCGACGACGCCCUCGUGUUUUCCGUCUCGGAGUACAAGAGCGACGAGAAUCUCGGUUACGUUUGCGCCAUGGCCAAGGAGGUUGUGCUACACCACUGCAGCUCUAAGACCGCUGUCUCCACGCAGCCACCUCCCUUGCGCUCCGUCAACAGCUCCAUACCGAAACAUUGCGUGCGCACGAUCUACCGAACUGAACCUUCGGCUAGAAUCGUGCAUGACGAGCCGAAGGAUAUGCUCGCGAUAGCGCUUAGCAUACAAACGUCUCACGACACUCAUCGAGUCAAGACCUACAAAGUGGCAGUGAGUCUGAGUCAAGCGAGUCUUAACCAUCGGGUGACCAACAGUCAAACCUCUUGGUUCAGUCAGUUGAGCGAUUGUCUGGACGUCAUCGACCAUCCCGUCGCUGGAUACACUCCACCAAGUAUACUCACUGAGCUUCACGCUCAUCUUUGGGACUGCGCCAUCGAUUACAGGCCUCUUCACUUGCCACUGAGCUCGUUCGUGACUUUGGGAAACUUCAGCGUGUCGAGUAACAUAGCCGCGCAAACGAACACAUCCACACUGCGCUUCAUCGCCGAAGAUUUGGCUCUGUUCAUCAGCAGCAAGGUGCAACCGCAGUCCCAACUGCAGGUAGAUCUCAGGAAAGACUACGUAUGCGUUAUGGAUAUGGGUCUGUUCGAGUUAUCGUUACGGCUAAACGACAGACAAUGUGGUGGUGCUCCACGCGUUGACUUGCGUGCUAGCAGUAACAUCCUCCAUAUACGCACCUGUUCGGAUUCGGGCAGAGCACUCAUGCAGUUGCUCACCUACUUCGCGGCCGAUGGCGAUCUCGAUCCCAAAUAUCGAGAGCACGCGCUCUCUCCAGAGGUAGAUGAUUUCGCGGAUUCCGACCACAAGCACCAUCUCCUCCAUCAUCACCAACAGCAGUCCGAUGAGACUCUCCUUCCCGACGAGAGCAUCAGUUUGCUGAGCAAAAGCCAAGUGGAGCGCGUCAACAGUCUAAUGGAGGAAGCCAUGGAGGAGUCUGCCCAUGGGCUAUGCAGUGCUCACUCCGAAUCGCACAAGAAAAGCUCUCAGAAGGGCAAGCAGGAGCAGCAGGUGGAGGUGUUCUUCUUCCCGGACGAACAGUCUAAAACGGACAGAGGCGGCAAGGCUGAAAGUUCGACGGGCGCUGGUGCGUCGCAGGAAAAAGAACACCUUCGCCAUCAUCAAGAAGACGAGGCGGGUGCGGUUGCGGCGUCGGUCUCCGACGACACGGACGACGACUUUUGCAUACUCGGCGAAGAAGCUGGGGUCGGCAUAAUACCGGCGCACGGCGUGCCGGAAGUUCGCUGGCUCAGUCAUGAAUCCGUUAAGAUCAUCGACAAUCACUUUGCCGUACCAGCCAGCAAGAGGGACUUGCUGAAACCACCCAAAAACUUUCCUAAUGCGGUAAUGCGGUAUCGGCUUCGCGAAGCUACGCUCGUCUGGCACAUGUAUGGCGGCAAGGACUUCGCUGAGAGUCAGUAUCAAUGGCCUUCGUGCACCAAGGUUCGACACGUAGUCUAUUUCGAGAACGACCCAGAUAAACGCCAAGAGGCAACAUACAAGACUUUGCCGGACCCAUCGUCAAAGCGCAGUUGGCAGGAACUUGGAGGUCCAGGCCGCCGACUCGACGUAUUGAUGGAGCUGCAGUUGAACAAGGUGCGCUUUUUGCACGAGAUCUAUCCGGAACACACGACCCAGGCCAGCUGGCAAGGCUUGGAGGUGAACGAGAUUGAAGUAAGGGACCGAUUGGCUAGCUCGCAGAUAAACAUGUUCCUCUAUCAGUACAGCAGCGAGGCUAGGCCAAAGCAAUCAUUUGCCAACAUGUUGUUUGUGAAAGCUAUCCACACGCGACCCGAUCCGCGAUUACCCGCUGAAGAGUGCUGCCUGAAAAUUAGCCUGCUGCCCGUCAGACUCAACAUCGACCAAGACAGUCUGCUCUUCCUCGUGGAUUUUUUCAGCGAGCUACAGCAGCCCGCUUCAGCGAGCUCAGCUUCCCAGCAGCAGCAACGAGCGUCGCCUUCGCGAAAUCGUGAAAAAUCGCAGGCAUGCGAUACAGGUGGCAGUGCCACGAGCGUAGCUCAGAGCUCGGUUGGCGACGUGAAAUCAGCGAACUCGAGACAAGGCAUUCCGAUUCAUCAACUGCCUGUCAUGAGCGUCAAUUACGAAAAUAACGAACCCGAUGGUGCUUACGGCGGUUACCGAAACUACGCCGGCAGUCAGCGAGACGAACCAGCCGCAAACGAUCGCAAUCUGAUGAUACUACUGGAGGAUGAGCUUACGAUUAAAGAAAACAAGUCUAGCGCCAAAGUCGUUCGCGAGAUUCAGAGUAACGGUCAGCCGGUUUACUUCAGGAGUGUAAUUUUUUCGCCCGACGUAUUUGUCAGAUUGGAUUACCAUGGAAAACGAGUUGAUUUGACUCAUGGACCGCUAGCUGGGCUGCUCAUGGGUCUAGCGCAAUUAAAUUGUUCUGAACUCAGAUUGAAGCGUCUUGUUCACAGACAAGGGCUACUUGGCUAUGAAAAGCUGGUUUCGUUCCUACUUACGGAGUGGAUACAAGAUAUUAAAAAGAAUCAACUACCUAGUCUACUGGGUGGAGUUGGGCCUAUGUACUCGCUCGUGCAACUUUUUCAGGGAGUGCGAGACCUAUUUUGGCUACCUAUCGAGCAGUAUCAAAAGGACGGUCGAAUCGUCAGAGGACUACAGCGCGGCGCCAACAGCUUCACCACCUCUACGGCAAUGGCGGCUCUUGAACUCACAUCGCGACUUGUGAACGCGAUACAGAGCACCGCCGAGACUGCCUACGAUAUGGUGAGUCCAGGACCGAGCGUAAGGACUCUCUCAGGCAGAGGUCACAGAGGCCGUAGAAAGCGAUACACUCAACCGCUUGACAUUCGCGAGGGUGUAACUAAUGCGUACGUUCUCGUUAAAGAGGGCCUUGGCGAAACAGCCUCACAAUUGAUUAGAGUGGCAAGCGAGGAACACGAGCAGAAAGGAGUAUCGGGUGCCGUAGGAGGGGUUCUGCGUCAAAUCCCACCGACGGUCGUCAAGCCGAUCAUACUCGCCACCGAAGCCACUAACAACGUCUUAGGUGGUAUGCGAUCUCAACUCGUGCCAGACGCGCGGCGUGAAGCCGUUCAAAAAUGGAGAUCCGACUCUGACAAUGAAAGUUGAAUGCACUUUGCUCUUCUCACCCACUUUGUCGGUGAGAUUAGAUUGCAGAAAAUGCGCAAAUUACCUCGCUUCAGCAACACGCACCUUAUUUUUUAUUUUUAUUUUGUUUUCGAUUUAACGUUUUGACUGAUAGCAUGUUGUUGCAAUCCUUGCCGGAUGGUUUAUAAAUAAGGCUUGUUCUGUUCAUUACAACUUACUUGUCGGUGGUUUUUUGAACAACAAUUAGAUAAACAAUUUUUUUACUAUGACAUUUUUUUAUCCUUAAGUACUUUACUAGCUGAAAUGUAUUUGUUUAGACUAAUGCUCUUAUAGAAUUUGAUAACAACGGAUCAACAAUCAGAGAAAACAUUAUUUUGUUAGCUUAUGAAUAUCCUAAUGUUUAUUCAUGUGUAUUUAAGAUUUAUGUUAUGAUAUGAGAAUUAUUACUGGAUUACAUUACUUUUCAAACGUUAUCAAAUAUUUACGUCUUCUUAUUAUUAGACUUUGCGAGUACAAUGUGACAAAAUUUAAAAAGAUAUUAGCGAAUAGAAUCUACGUUCAAAUGUACAUACAUUUGUCGAUUUGCGCGCAAGACGACUCUCCGCCUUUGUAAGUUUUAUACAAAAAAAGUGCAAACAAUUAAUAAAAUCAU